GAUAAAUUACAUUAUUUUUCAAUAAUCUCCCUGUUGGUGAAGGGAUAUGCAUGAUAACUGCAAAUAAUGUAGUUAAUUAUUUUAUUUCAAGGUAAAAAUUGCAAAAAAAUAUUAGAGUACAUCCGAGAUGUAUAAAGUGACUCAAAUUUUUGGGUGAAGUUAAAAUAUGGUAGUAUUUUGUCCCUUUUGUCAUAAUUUACUAUUUCUUGAAGAAGAUGUACAAGGAAAGUUGCAAUUCUCAUGCAAUAUUUGUCCAGUCUUUUUCCCCGUUCAGAAGCUACUUUCGUACAGGCAUUUUUAUAAAUUGAAGGAAAUUGAUGAAGUCUUAGGAGGGGAAGAAGCCUGGAAAAACGUUGAUUCUACUGAAGAAAGGUGUCCGAAGUGUAGUCAUAACAGAGCAUAUUUUAUGCAGUUACAGACAAGAUCAGCUGAUGAACCGAUGACAACAUUUUAUCAUUGUUGUAACCCAGAAUGCAAACACACUUGGCGUGAUUAAGUUAAAUGAUACUUCA